CCAUCAUGCAUCAUCAGCGCGAUCGCGUCAGAGCAGAGCGUGUGGAAAGUCUCAGGCGUAGUUGAACAGUCAUUGAUCACAAACAACGAUGAAUCAUAACGCUAAAUGAACAGCAUAGGAGGAACAUAUCUCACAAUAGAAGAGAGAGGUUAGAAUGGGAACGGAUUUUUGAGGCGCGUCGGCUGUGUCCGUUGGUGCUGCGCGCGCACUCUGGGUUAUUUUGGUUCAGUGAGGCAGUAUGACAUGCGCGUUUGAUUUUGCUCAGCUGUUUUUGAUAUGUUUAUUAUAUGAAUAGCAUACAGACGCUCUAGUGUCGCGUUCAUUCAUGUGUUAUAGGGCGUGUCUGGAUCUUUCGCGUGUUUUUAUUCUGUGGUGAUGAUCCGGUUGGCUUUAGUGCGCGCGCUCGUGGCCGGUCGCGCGCCCGGACCGGGUCACCUACACAGAUGUUUCCUCGGAACACACCGGCGCAAAGUCAAGCCCGAGCUGCUGGACCUGCCGGACCAGGCCCGGGAGUUCGUGUACGGCCUGAGCCCGGCGACCCGGGUCUGCUUACUGAAGGAGCUGCAGAACUUCCAGUCCUCGGGGGAAGACUCGGGCGAAUCAUCUCCGCUGACGUCGGCUCAGCUCAGAUACAUUCUGCUGCACAACGCCAUUCCCUUCGUGGGCUUCGGCUUCCUGGAUAACGCCAUCAUGAUCGCCGCCGGAACUCAAAUAGAAAUGUCCAUCGGAGUGACACUCGGAAUAUCAACAAUGGCAGCGGCGGCGCUGGGGAAUCUGGUGUCGGAUCUGGCUGGACUCGGUUUAGCAGGUUACGUGGAGGCUCUGGCGUCUCGUUUCGGGAUGCAGAUUCCAGAUUUAACGCCCAAACAGGUGGACAUGUGGCAGACCAGAGUCACGUCGCACAUGGGAAAAGCCAUCGGAGUCGCCAUCGGCUGCAUUCUGGGAAUGUUUCCAUUGCUCUUCCUGAACGACGAUGACGAAGAUGAGGAGAAGAAGAAGAAGACGAAGAAGAAGAGUCAUCCGACCUCAGAGUGACGCACUUUUAUAUCGCCGUGACAAGUGCAUUUGUUUUGCCAAAGUCUGACAAAAAACAAGCGAAUGAUCAAACGGUAGACUGAAAUGAAGAAAUGAUCGUAAUAUAAUAGUAGGAAGUAGAAAUCUAAAGAAUUAUCAAGUAGUUUAAAAAUCUAAAGAUGAAGAAUAGAUGCAUGAGUUUAAUUUUAUCUCUCUUCGUCACGUAACACUAUUUUACACCAGAGAACGAUAACUAUAAUCACUACGAGAAUCUGGAAGUCCUCGGCACAACUGUAACAUUACGAAUAUCGCAAGAAUCCAGCUGAUGAACGACAGCCAAUCAGAAUCCAGGGCCAGUGAACGAUACGAAUAUGAACGGCCAAUCAGAGUCCCUCCUGCUUCAAACAGAAGUUAGUUGUAUGUUUCACAGGAAUAAACCGGAAAAGAACAGAAUCAAAGUUAAUAAUCAUCCGCUGAUCUAGUUAUCGUUCUGGUGUGAACGGGCUUUACUCUUUUACUCUUUUACCCGUUUAGAUUUUAGCAGCAUGUGUUUCGUGUUUAAGUUUAUUAUUGGUUCUGUUGGGAGAUGAUGAUCUGUCUGAAACAGAAGUGUUUCUGAACCUCUCGAACUCCUGAGCAAACUGGAACGCACAAGAGCUUCCGCACACUCCCAUCAUGCAUCUGGCUCAUGGAACGGAAGCUCAUUGGCCCGUUCGGUAGUGAUGUCAGGUCACAUGAUGAACCCGGAAGAUCUCCGCUAGAGCGAUGUAUUCAUUCGUCGAAACCAAAACUAUAAAAAACUUAAUUUAUAAUCUUAAAAAUAAAUAAAAUAUUACAAAAACUAAUUAUUUCAGCAUUUUUAAAUAAAACUUGCUUGAAGUACUAAAGCUUGUUUUCCGCAACAGAAUUAAAAAUAAAAAGGUGAUUGCGACAUUUUAUCUCUGAAUUUCCUGAGAUUAUGAAUGAUAUGAGUUAUGACUCAUAAUUAUCAUUUCAAACUGUUUUAUUCAGGGGCGGAAACGAGCUUCAAUUUCUAAAGUAACUAAAACUAAUUACACUAAAACUAUACAGCCAUAUUUAAAACAACGAGCAACACUCACACAGCAUUUAUUACAUUUAAUCUGUUGUAUUUGCCGAGCUUAACGAUGAAAAGCUUCAGCAGAUUUAAUAAAUGCUGUAAAAUGAUAGUUCAUGAUAAUAACUCAGCUCAGCUAUAACGAACAAAAAUGAUUAAAACGCACUCUAAACGACUAAAACGGAAUCGCUUACACUUUAUUUAAGGUGUCCUUGUUACAGUGUAAUUAUAUAUUUAAGGUUAGUGCAUCAUUUAUAGUUAUUACUGUCGCAGGACACCAAAAAAUCUAAUCAAAAUAUUACCAAAAACUGCAAUAGUGCGUCACGGGCGGAGUCGAGGCCUCCAUCAGGUCCUGUAGCAGAUGAACAUGAGUCUGAUGCAAAGAUGUCUAUUACUUUAUGAAUAGAAAUACCUCUGGAAUUAGUCGUUUAACCAUCAACUGACUUCUGGGUAAUCCAUAAAUCAACGCGCCCCAGAAACACAUCAGGCAUGCUUAUUAUUGGACACUAUGCAUUCUGAUAACUCGUGUGUGUGAUUAUUGCACAGCCGCCUGUUCUACCGCAGAUAUUUUACAGUAUUUUGCUAAUUCUAUGAUUAUUUUUGUGAGACGACGUGGAAUAUUUGUACUUUUAUAAAUUCAUUUGUCGCACAAACAAACUAUUGAAGUGAAAAGUACAAGUUCUGUUCAUAAAUAUUGAUGUUAUUUGUGCGUUUGAGAACAUGUCAUCGUAAAGUUAUGGUGUUUUAACUGGUUACUCUUCGGAUGAAAUACACGUAACACUUUACAAUUAUGACAGAACAUUUAUUAAUCUUAAUUUCAACAUCAAUCGAAAAUAUGAUUGAAUGGACCUGAACUAACAGCUGUGUUUAUUAACUAACGUUAAGAUUACUAAAUAACGUAACGGAUGAAUUGCUGGUAGUUAACGACUAACUAACGACUCUUAUUGUAAAGUGUUACUGAAUUAUACGGAGUUUUCACACUGCAACUGAUUUCAAUAAAAUGCCUUUAUUGACAAUAUAAAAACCACACUGCAUUAUUAUCAUUAUUAUGUACAGUCUGUAUGAUCUCGAACACUGCAGAGGGGAACGGGUGAGUUAACCAGGUGUGUGUGUUCAGAAAUAAACGGGUCAACAUCUCUGCUACAUCAUAUCGAUAAAACAACACAGAUGUCCAGCCUAUCACUCUUAAACAUUAAUUACAGUUAUUAAACGUAACCCUCUAUCCUCCGAGCACUCCUUCCCUCUGUUCCCAUCCGGAGAACUAAACGUCUUUGACAAAAAACACAAUUUUCUCAGUUUUAAGCUCAAAACUUUCAAUUUUGUCAUUAUGCAAUAAUGCACGUCAUUCGCUCUUAAAGUGACAGCAGCCAAUAAACACAUACUGCUGUCUGUGUCAUUAAUAUUCAUAAAACAACAAAAACAGCGUAAAGAUGAAUUUAUAUUUAAUGUACACAGCGAACGCCAUUGUGUUAUUUUACAUUUAAUAAUUUCUGUACCCGAAUACUGCUGCUAGACCUUCCUUUAUCUCGUAUUUGUUAUUUUAGUACUGGCUGUUAUCUUGUUUUUAAUAAUUUAAUUAUUGGUAUUUUUGCUGUGUUAUCAAAGUACUUGAAAAUUAAUCAAA